CCUCAUGGUCUGGAGUGUGUUAUUCCAUUUAUAACACAGUAAUUUUGCCAAUGAUCACUUUUCAUUUAUUAGUGAAUGACACAUCUCACGUUUUAACAGUUUAAAUAUUUAAUACCGUGGAAUGUCCUGGAGUUAGUAAGUUAGUUCCUGUUAGCACUUAUGCUAUACCUGUAAUAACACUUGUUAGAUCACCAGUAUCUCCUCUCUCUCUCUCUCUCUCUCUGUCUCUCUCUCUCUCUCUGUCUCUCUCUCUCUCUCGCUCUCUCUCUCUCUCUGUCUCUCUCUCUCUCUCUCUCUCUCUCUCACUCUGAAAACUCUGUCCUCAAGACUUUCCUGUGCUGGGAAACGUUGCAAAACACCAUGACUGUUACAAAGUGCUGGCUUCUAUAAAUGUUAAAUAAAUGUCUCCUAAAAAAAUAAAUAAAUAAAGCACAGUUUAAGAAGCCCUGUGCUAAGCCACCACAUCAUUCAUUAAAUCUCUUUCUUGUUAGUCUUAGAUUCUGUGGACUGUGCACCAUACAAGUCCCUGUGUAUGAGAUGUUACUAUAGGAAUAAUAAUGUUACAACAAUAGCAUUAAUAAUAACUAUCAUUAAUAUUAUGUUACAGCCGGAACCACUGUCUGAGCCAUGCUGUUAUACAAAAAUAAUAAAACAAAAAGCUUCUACCAAGCAGAUUAGAGAAUUCAACCACGCUGUGGUAUAAUGGUGAUAUAAUAUUACUAAAACCUCUUUCUGAUAUUUUACAUUAAAUUGGUUAUUACUAUUAUUUGUAUCUAUUGCCAAAAAUGUCCACAUGAGUUUCCUUUGGUUCUCUGGUUUCCUCCCACUUCCCCAAAACAUGCCGGUAGGCAGAUUGGCUGCACUAAAUUGCCCCAAGGCGUGAAUGUGUGUGGUGCCCUAUAAUGGACUGGUGUCCUAUUCAGGGUGUAUUCCCAUCUCACACACAGUGUUCCUGGGAUUGGUCUCGGCUCCACCAUAACCCUGACCAGGAAGUGCACACUGAAGAUGAACAAAUUAAUCAAGUUAAAUGUAGGUCAUACACAGCAUAACAAAAUUAAUAAAUAAAAUUAACAAAAUCACUAUUCCAUUAUAUUACUUUAUAAACCAGCAGCAGUGAGUAAACUGUAUUUUCUUUAUAUGGUCAGCAGGGGGCAGUGUAUACUACCUAGAACACUAUUUUCUUGGCUCAACAGUUUUGUUUACUCAGUUCAUAAACAAAUAUAUCCGGCCAAGGAGUAACUGCAAAGUACUUCACAAAUAAAUAUAGAGUAUUGUUGUGGAGAAAGAAGACAUUCCGUGGAUGUGGAGGUCCCUGAUCAGUAAGCAGAGUGAAGAUGAAACCAGCUGAUAUUCAAAAUUUGACAUGUUUAAAGAAUAAUGUUCAUUCUGUGGUGUUUCAAAGUCUGUAAAUCAGUUUUGUCCGGACUUUAUUCCUGCCAUAGCAAUAAUAAGUAAUAAAUACAAUGAUAUAAGUGUUACAGACGUUUCUACUUUAUAAAGGUCUUUAAACAAAUGAUUUAUUUGAAUUUGGGUAGGAAAUUAGUAGUAAAGUCUUUAUUAAACAGCAAUGGCAUCAUCCAGUAUAAGGAAGGCAAUCUUUAUUUUUGAUCACAUUGCUGUUUGCAUUUCUUAGAAACAGGUGGACAGGGCUGCAGGCUUGUGUUACUGUUUGAGUCACUGUGGUUGGAGCUAUAGGGGUUUUUUCUAUUCAGUUACACCUUUAUUUGCUUUCAACUUCCUGCUUUACUCUCCACUUUCUGCUUAAUCUUUUAGCAAAUUGCAGCACAGUCUUCAAGACAAACAGCACAGACACUGCCAUCAGAUUUUUUUAUUUUUAUUUUUUAUCAGUAAUGACAUUCUGUUGUUCCACAUGUUUUUGUGGCAAGAUAAGAAAUUUAGGUGUAACAAUGAAUAAUAUCUUUAUUUGGUCUGAAUCAUUUCUGUCCUUUAUUUGUUUCUGCUUGCUUCCUUUUACUUGAGUGUCUUUGUUCUAAACGCUUCGUCCUUUUAACCCAAAGUACUUCUGACUCAUGCCUUUCUGUGUGUGUGGGAGUGAAGCUUUCAUAUAUCUCUUUAUAUGUGUAAAUAUUUAGAGCAACAUGGACUUUUUAAAUGGUCUGAACAUGUUAAAAUGGUCUGAACACUUCAACAAUAUUUACAGUUUGUCAAUGUUACUUAUAUGACUUCUACUCACGCCACCAGGUUCAUUUCUAAUUCCGAAAGCAGGCCAGUAAAAGAUUUACCUAAGAUCAUUUUGGGGAAUAUGGCCUGCAUUUAACUUUUAAUUCUAUGUGUCUAUCCAGGAAUGAAGAAAAGCAGCUUUCUUUCUUUCUGAUGUAUCCUUGAUAAUGGUUUUAGUUCUCUUUAUAAGGGCCGCCGAUUGGUUAGAAAGAUAUAUGUAGCUUUACUGAAUCCUUCAGCCUACUGCAACAAAGCAACAUGUUUCUGAAAGCACAAUUUACUCCUGAACAAAUCUGACAGAGAACAGUCUCAAGGUCUUUUAGCCCUUAAACUCCCUGGACCUUAGAGCGGGACCAGACUUACAUUUCUUACACUAGUAACUGCAUUAGUCUACCUUUUCGGCUAGUUUCUUUGUUGGUACUGAAGAAAUCUUAGUAGUAAGUGAAGAUAUGCUUUAAAAAUAAUAGGGUGAAAUUAAUCUCCUUCUCUGAGGGGAUUUUUAUAAGGCAUUACAAAUCAAUUACAUAAAUGACAGUUGUUUUUUCAACAUAUUGAAGUGGUUUUUCUUUUCUUCUUUUAAGAUAUGUAAAGAUUCAUAUCAUAUAUUAAGUUAUGAUUAGAUAACCUUGCAGGCAACCUGAGGUUAGUGGUGGGCUUAAUUUUAUUUACUUACAGUAAUAAAGAAAUCAGUGGAAGUACCUCAUAAAGUUAGUAUAAAUCUGCAUGUGUGUGUGUGUGUGUGUGUGUGUGUGUUAUGUUUUUGUUAGGCAAUACUCCAACAGUUAUGUCCAAUGGCCUGUAGGAAUUUUGAUUACAUUGUCAGAAGUAAUCAGAUCAAUUGAAUGAGUUUUUUGUUGUGUUAAAUGACAUUAUGCCCAGGAAUUGUGCUUGGGUCAAUGCAUGAGUUGUUUCAGUACUGUGCUUAUUCACAUCACUCCUCCUUUUUCAGACAGCCUAAAAUCUUCACUCUCUAUUGGUCAAACAAAGUUCUAACUGUAAUAGUAGGUGUGGCUGCGAACUAGCUCUACCAGAAUUCCCAUGGGUCAGGACUGUAUAACUGAGACUAGCAGAAGCUAAGGGAGUUUUAUUCCUGGCAGUUGCUUUAAAGCCAGGCUGAAGUGGAGAAUGCCUCUGAUGAAUCAAGAUUAUUAGGAUAUUUUGUUCUCUCUACGGACUCAUGAUGCAGCGCCAUUCAACCCUCCAGGGACUAAAACAUAAGCGGACAACAACACUGCCUAUUAACUCCAAGGUCUUCCUCUCUGAGCUUUAGUCAUGAAGGAUCGAUUAGAAGAGCUGCGUCUGCAGAUCAAAGCAAAUCAGCAACUUCAAGACGGUAACUCCUUCACCCAACAUGAAGAAGAAGAGCCAAUGUCCUUCCUUGGUCGCUGGCCACAAGCUGUGCUCUUUGAGACUGAGCCUGUGCUGGAGAAUUUCCUGGAUGAGGCUAAGCGUGUUCGUGACAGCCUUGAAGAGCUGGAGGCUGAGGUUAAGAAGUUCAGUCAGCAGCAGAGAAACCUCGUGGCCACCAUGCGGCGCUUCAGUGUCAUGAAAAAAGAGAGCAGCCUGACUCGGGACAUCAAGCUGCAGGCUGAGAACCUGCAUAAGAAGCUUGAUGCCCUCUCAAUGCAGGCAAAGCGCACUGAGACUGAACUGGGGGCGCCAGCUGCUACAGCCCGGAUCCAACAUGCCCAGCAUGAUGUUCUCUGCCGUCGGUUCCAGGAGGUCAUGCGUCAGUACAAUGACUCGCUCCUAGGCAAGCAAGACAAAUGCAAGCAGUUCAUCAUAAGGCAGCUGGAGAUCUCUGGCCGAGAGGUAUCAGAGGAAGAAGUGGAAAACAUGGUAGAGCAGGGUAAAUGGGAUGUUUUCAAUGAGAACAUCCUGGUGGAUGUCAAGAUCACUCGCACACAGUUAUCUGAGUUAGAGCAACGCCACAAAGAACUGCUCACCCUUGAGAGCAACAUGAAGGACCUGAGAGAACUCUUUCUAGAUGUGUUCAUGCUUGUGGAAGAGCAAGGAGCGCAAAUUGACAAUAUCCAGGCCAAUGUAGAGAAGACUCAGGACUAUGUGUUGGUUUGUAAUGAGAAAUUCAAGAUGGCUUCCAGAUAUAGGAAGAAGAACCCUUUAAGAAGACUGUGUUGUUGCUGCUGCCCAUGGGCAUGAAGGAGGACAUAUAGUAUAAAGGGCUUAGUUUGUGAAAACAUAAAGAGAACCUGUGGAAUUUAUACAAGCCUGGAUAAUUUCCCUACUGUAGCUCAACCCUAGCUCGAUUUAAGACAUUUCUGUAGAAUCAAGACACCAGAGUUGUGAAUGCUAAGUGUAGAACUGAUAUGUAGCUACUAAUGAUACAAAUGCUCAUGCUUUAUUUUUGUUAUGUAGAAAAUAUUUUAUUUAUUUAUGACAGAUGUAUUUUAUUUCUAUAUUACACUACAUAUUUUAUCUUUUUUAAAAUUAUUUUUAUUAUGGCCAACCCCAUUUCAUUUUGAGUUUUAAUUUAAAUACAUAUGGUGUGUGUGUGUGUGUGUGUGUGUGUGUUUUCCAUUCAACACUGCUGUUUCAGUGAAAAAAAUUACAUUGCUUGCUUUCUUUCUGUCAUGCCCUCAUUAUGAGUGUGGUUUCUGAAUUCAUUCAAAAAGAUGAUGUCUUAUGAUGAAUAAUCACUGUUAUAUGACAGAAAACGUUAAAACAAUAGAAAUAAAAUGUUUCUAGGGCUGUGUAAUACUCCAAGUUGGGAUGCUAUACGGUUUUCCUAAAUGCCACAGUGUUGUUAAGCGUGAUUGUUCUGCACUAUAUCAGCAUUCAUACGGUAAAUACAAAUCUAUAUUUAUCAACAGUAAAAUGUCCAUUAUUCAUUUAGAUGAAGGGAGUGAAAGUGUUACGUCAGAUGAUAGAGGAAGACAAACUGAUCUGGGUGUGUCUUGUGAACCGCAUAACACUUAUCCAGAACAAUACUGUGCCAAAGAAAUUGUAUAAAGACAGUGUUUAUACAUAUUUACAGAAUUUUUUUAAAAUGUAAAAAUCCUUUUACAUUAACUUUGAUUUUACAAAGACAUCCUCAA